AUGGCGAGGCUAGCCUCGUCCGACUCUUUCCUACCUUCGGGUGCACACGACAUGCAUCAUUUCUCCCUCUCACAGGGAGGUGACACUUCUGUCAUCUCUCCUCUGUCCCUUCCAAGGAAUGCGACACAUUACUUUGAGCCCCAAGGCCGCCCUGCACUUCCGACCAGCAACUCGUACCGUGCAAGGGGUAGACAAUCGAAUCAUUUCUUCUCUCCCAGGCUAGCUCCGACUUCCACGCAGAUGAGCCACCAACUUUACUUGCAGCAGCGCAAGCAGAAACAGACGCAGCAUCGAUCGGCCAGUCUGUCGCCAACAUUCAGAGGCACUUCGGUCCCGACAUCCCGCGCGGCUUCGGCUGAUUCCACUGCAUCGGCGAGCAACCUGUAUGCACAGAGGAUAGCAAUACUCGAGAAGCAGAAUGCAGCAAUUCGUCAGGCUUGGGAGAACGAACGGAAGUAUUUGGAAGCCAAUCGGGCGCGUGCCGAGGAGGUUUACCAAGAAGAGCGCACCAUUUGGGAGGCUGAACGGGCCAUUCUGUUGGAAGAGAUUGCCCUCCUUAGGCUAGAGGUUACACGAGCACGCAUCUCUGGAAUACCUGAGUGUGAUGAGGAUGUCAUUGGCCUUAGAGGUGGUGGCGACAGCUGUGGACACCCGGCUGGCUCAGACAGUGUGCCGGUGUCGUCGGGGUCGUCGGAACAAGAACAGGCCUUGACUCAGGCGACGUCAUGUCAUUCAAAGGCCUCCCAGGUUCUGGCUCGGCUGGCAACCGGUGCGUCUGGCCCUAGCCCGCCACUAGAGGCACGAAUCAGUCCUUCGCAGCAAUUCCAGCCGCGAUCACAUGUCAACAGUCCUCCCCAGGAGCCUUUGGAUGCAGCACCCUUGCACGAAUCCAGGGAGGGGACCCCUGUGCCUACCAUCGAUGUCCAGAUUAUCCAUCCCGACCUCGAAGGCAUCCCUAUCAAGAAGACUGCGGUCGAGAGGUCGACCUUUACAGAUACCGAAACUAGCCGUACUACGUCCAAGUCCGGCUCAGCCAGAUCCUCCCCCCCUCUCCCGAGCUCUAGCCCCGACGGAGCAAGGAGUAGGCCACAAGAGAAGGACAUAUUGAAGGUCCUAGCAGCGCCGGCGCCCCAGCGUCUUGUCAUUAAUGCAGGACACACGCCAAAUCACUCACUAUCCAUUCUCCCCUCGGCAGCAACAACUGCAGCACAUACCACCGCCAGUAGCUCAGGUGAGGUGACACCUACCACCACAGCGCCCGACGGUUGCCUCAGCCGCGGAAGUGCCGGCAAGAGCAAGCAAGUCGAUGAGUCCUCAGAUUCGACCAUCACUGUUGGAGCAGAUGCGGCCGGUGUUGAGCCAAGUGAUAUGGGUUCCUUGACGCCACCUGAGGGCGAUCAACCUCUAAAGGGAUUUCUUGGUAUUCGUAACCAGCCUGCUCAUGACGAGAUCUUUUUCCGUAAGCUGGACAGGAAGCUCGAGGCCAUUAAGAGCGAGGGCGAUGUCGUGCCCACUGUUCUCAAGAACGCCGAUGAAUCCUUAGAUGGUGCCAAUCCUCUCGUUGAGACGGCCACGGGUGCUGAUAUCGUCAACAACGGUCAAGUCGGUUCUGAGCAGCAACCGGAAGCCUCCGGCCAGGGAUCCCAAUCAUGCAGUGGAAGCGAUACCGAGGAGCUGAACUUGGAAAUUCCACUCAAGUUCAAGAAGUCCAACAACUUUGGCGCUCCGUUAGGAUAUGGGUUCUCUGUCGGCUCCGCGCAGGCACACUAG